GUGGCAGCAGCGGCGCCGGCUCCGCGGGUUCGCCUGGUGGGCUCCGUUCCGCUCACGCAGGAGCGGAGCGCAGCGGGUCGGGAAGGGACCGGCAGCAACGCUGCGGCCGCCCAGCCGCUCCCGGAGCGCGCGGCGUCUCUCCCCGCCCGGCCCGCCCGCUCCAUGCCUCUCCGUUGCGGAAGUGUAGCGGGGGCAGGCGGCGGCACGGAGCGCGGGAGGCCCGGGCUCGGCCCCCUGCAGCACUAGGCUCCGGCAGCCUCGCGGCGCGUCCCAGCGGUCCCGCCGCCCGUGCGCCCGGCGCCCGCCGCAGCCUGCAUGCUCCGCGCUGCGCUGCUCCGCGCCCCCGCCACCUCCUCCUGCUCGCACCGCUGCUGCCGGGCGCCGGAGUAAUAUGCUCACUCGAGUGAAAUCUGCUGUGGCCAAUUUCAUGGGCGGCAUCAUGGCUGGCAGCUCAGGCUCCGAGCACGGCGGCGGAGGCGGCGGAGGCUCGGACCUGCCCCUGCGCUUCCCGUACGGGCGGCCGGAGUUCCUGGGGCUGUCUCAGGACGAGGUGGAGUGCAGCGCCGACCACAUCGCCCGCCCCAUCCUCAUCCUCAAGGAGACGCGGCGGCUGCCCUGGGCUACUGGAUACGCAGAGGUUAUCAAUGCCGGGAAGAGCACGCACAACGAAGACCAGGCCAGCUGCGAGGUACUCACCGUGAAGAAGAAAGCGGGGCCCAUUGCCUCCACCCCCAACAGGAACUCCACCAAGAGGCGGUCCUCCCUUCCCAAUGGGGAGGGGCUGCAACUGAAGGAGAAUGCGGAAUCGGAAGGCGUGUGCUGCCACUACUGGUCGCUGUUUGACGGCCACGCGGGGUCCGGCGCGGCGGUGGUGGCGUCCCGCCUGCUGCAGCACCACGUGGCCGAGCAGCUGCGGGAGCUGGUGGACAUCCUGCGGAACUCGGCCGUCCUGCCGCCCGCCUGCCUGGGCGAGGAGCCCGAGGGCGCGCCCACCGGCCGCGCGCUCACCCGCGCCGCCUCGCUCCGCGGAGGCGUGGGGGCACCCGGCUCCCCCGGCACCCCGCCCACGCGCUUCUUCACUGAGAAGAAGAUUCCCCACGAGUGUCUGGUCAUCGGGGCCCUGGAGAGCGCGUUCAAGGAAAUGGAUCUGCAGAUAGAACGAGAGCGGAGUUCAUAUAACAUAUCUGGUGGCUGCACAGCCCUCAUUGUCAUUUGCCUCCUCGGGAAGCUGUAUGUGGCCAAUGCUGGGGACAGCAGGGCCAUCAUCGUCAGGAAUGGAGAAAUCAUCCCCAUGUCUUCGGAAUUCACCCCCGAGACGGAGCGCCAGCGACUCCAGUACCUGGCAUUCAUGCAGCCUCACCUGCUGGGAAAUGAAUUCACACAUUUGGAGUUUCCAAGGAGAGUGCAGAGGAAGGAGCUGGGGAAGAAGAUGCUCUACAGGGACUUUAACAUGACAGGCUGGGCAUACAAAACCAUUGAGGAUGAUGACUUGAAGUUUCCCCUAAUAUACGGAGAAGGCAAGAAGGCCCGAGUGAUGGCAACUAUCGGAGUGACCAGGGGGCUGGGGGACCAUGACCUGAAGGUGCAUGACUCCAACAUCUACAUAAAGCCGUUCCUGUCUUCAGCCCCAGAGGUAAGAGUCUACGAUCUCUCCAAAUAUGAGCAUGGAGCAGAUGAUGUGCUGAUCCUAGCCACGGAUGGACUGUGGGAUGUUUUAUCAAAUGAAGAAGUGGCAGAAGCAAUCACUCAGUUUCUUCCUAACUGUGACCCUGAUGACCCUCACAGGUACACACUGGCAGCUCAGGACCUGGUGAUGCGUGCCCGUGGUGUCCUGAAGGACAGAGGAUGGCGGAUAUCUAAUGACCGACUGGGCUCAGGAGAUGACAUUUCUGUAUAUGUCAUUCCUUUAAUACAUGGAAAUAAACUGUCAUGAAAACAACUCAGGGGAUUGGAAGAUCAGAAGGAAGAAAGCUGGGAUGCCUCUUGGCAGGGCAGGACUGGGAAGUGCCCCAGCAGAGUUCCAGAUGGUGCCACCUCUUCCCAGCCCCGAUGGAGAGUUCGCUGUCCAAAGGCCUCCGGCUGUGUUUCAAGAGGAUCAAUAGGUUUCAGUUACCGCUUUAGUUAACAGGUCUGGAUACUCAGCAAAAGCAAAAACUA